CAAAAGAUCUCCGAAACUGCGUAAUCUGCGAAACAUUUGAACUUUCAAGGCUUAUGUUUGCGACUGUUUUGCUAUUGCAAUGGAAGUAAGAACAGUGGGGGUCGGGGAGGAUUGCCGAAUAAAGAUGUGUCCGAGAUGCCGAGUAGCAGGAGUUGGAACAAAUUUUUGGACCUGAUUGGUUCUGGAUCUUCAGCUAUAGAUGUGUACAAUGUUGACAGAUCAAUACUUGUGCGGCUUUAUUACAUGGGUGGAUAUUGCAUUAGCGGCUGUUCUCACUUCUCUGACUGAACUCUGCCGCUUUAGCGGUGCCAAGAUUUACCCCGGCAAGGGAAUCAGAUUCAUUCGCUCGGAUUCCCAGGUUUUCCUGUUUGCCAAUUCUAAAUGCAAGAGGUACUUCCACAACCGCCUGAAGCCUUUGAAGCUUACAUGGACAGCCAUGUACAGGAAGCAACAUAAGAAGGAUAUCGCUGCCGAGGCUGUGAAGAAGAAGCGCCGAGCCACUAGGAAGCCUUACUCGAGGUCCAUUGUCGGUGCCACCUUGGAAGUUAUUCAGAAGAAAAGGACUGAGAAGCCAGAAGUCCGUGAUGCUGCACGUGAGGCUGCUCUCAGGGAAGUCAAGGAAAGGAUCAAGAAGACAAAGGAUGAGAAGAAGGCAAAGAAAGCUGAGACGAUGGCCAAGUCUUCAAAGACCCAAUCCAAGGGGAACAUGCCUAAGGGUGCUGCACCGAAGGGCCCCAAGCUCGGAGGUGGCGGUGGGAAACGAUAAAUUCGUUUGCCCUGCUUUCUUGUAAUCCAGUACCAUCUGGCAUCUACAGUUUAGAUUAUUUGUUUCAAUUUCUGCUUCGAUCAACUCACAUAUUUUACCGAGGUUCUUUUUGUCAGAUUCAGUUUGAUUUUGUUUAAUGCACGUCAGUUCGGAGUUUGUUGAUCA